AUGAACCGCGAUAUCAGUCCACCGCCUGCGAAACGACGCAAAACCAGCUCCGAUACGGUGACGGCUUCCCGACAAACAGUGCCUGCAAACACCCCUGCACCUCUCCCACCACACAACGCAAACUCCCUACGUAUCUUUUCCUGGAACAUUAAUGGUAUUCUUCCAUUCUUACAAAAGCCCAUAACAUCCUUUUUUGAACCCACCAAAGCUAAAGGUACCCAGGAUGGGUCUCCAAAACACGCAUUACUACCAGCGUCCUUGAGGGCGUUUCUACAACGACACCAAUGGCCAUCAAUACUCUUCCUGCAAGAAGUAAAAAUCGCACCUGCGGACGAGCGGACCCAAAACUCUGUCAAGGCAGCCUUGAAAUCUUAUUUGCCAGCAGAAUUAGCAUAUGCCGAUGAAUGUGGCCCGUUGUAUGAAGCAUACUUUACGCUCCCAACCGACAGAUUUAACGCGCGCGGACCCAAAGGAAGCGGCAAGAUAUACGGUGUAUGCAGUAUCGUCCGUCACGAUCUCAUGGAUACUUAUCAUAUCGCCAUGCGAACAGUAGAUUGGGAUAAAGAAGGACGGAUCCACAUUGUGGAAGUCAAGUCGAGGACCAGUGAAGCGAAACUAGCAAUUUUCAAUAUCUACGCUGUGAACGGAACUGAUAACGCCUAUUUUGAUCCCUCAACAGGCGCCAGAAUAGGCACGCGGCAUGAUAGGAAACGCAAAUUUCAUGUUCUGCUAAUGCGAGAAUGCAAGGAGCUGGAGGCACAAGGAUGGGAUGUGUUGUUGGCAGGUGAUAUGAAUGUUGCCCUUGAUGAGCGAGAUGGACAUCCCAAGUUACGUAUCUUCCCACAGACACACGUUAUCAAUCGAGCGGACUUCCAUGCUAAGCUGCUGAAUGGUAAUGGGAAAGACAAGAAUGAUGGCUUUGGUGGUGUUGAUGUUUGGAGAAAGAUGCACGAAGAAGAGCGACGGUAUACGUAUUUUUCGCGAGGCCGGAAAUGGGGAAGUAGUGGUGAUAGAGUGGACUACUUUAUCGCUGGGAGAAAGGCGUGGGAGAAAGGAUGUGUCAAGGCUUGUGGAGUAAUGGAUAGCGAAAAAGAGAUGGGGCCAGGUGAUCAUGUGCCAAUUUGGGCGGACUUUGAACUGAAAGCGGAAGACGAGAAGCAAGAAAAGCGAUAA